AUGGAUCAGAACGAUGAUGAUCCUCCUAGCGAUGUUAAGAACGGUAACAGAAAUAUGUCAUUGGGAGGCAAAGGAAACAUGAAAUCAAGUACAAGCCAGGGUGGCAAUACUGGUGCCAAAGUCAUUCCCAAAGAAACUCUUACUGAAGAUGAUUGGAAAACACAAGAUCUGUAUAAGAAGUUCAGAGGAAUACUUAAUAAAUUGACCCCUCAUAAGUUUGACACUUUAUUAGAGAAAGUGAAAACUCUCAAUAUUGAUACACAAACACGUCUCGAGGGUGUCAUUGACAUUGUUUUUGAAAAGGCUAUAGAUGAACCUAAUUUCUCGGAAGCCUAUGCAGCAAUGUGCAAAGGAAACAUGAAAUCAAGUACAAGCCAGGGUGGCAAUACUGGUGCCAAAGUCAUUCCCAAAGAAACUCUUACUGAAGAUGAUUGGAAAACACAAGAUCUGUAUAAGAAGUUCAGAGGAAUACUUAAUAAAUUGACCCCUCAUAAGUUUGACACUUUAUUAGAGAAAGUGAAAACUCUCAAUAUUGAUACACAAACACGUCUCGAGGGUGUCAUUGACAUUGUUUUUGAAAAGGCUAUAGAUGAACCUAAUUUCUCGGAAGCCUAUGCAGCAAUGUGCAAAGGAAACAUGAAAUCAAGUACAAGCCAGGGUGGCAAUACUGGUGCCAAAGUCAUUCCCAAAGAAACUCUUACUGAAGAUGAUUGGAAAACACAAUCAACUCCAACGUAUGAAAAUAUGCCAUUCGCACCGAUACAACAGAGGCCCAUUAUUAGCGAUACGUUUAUGCCUGCAUUUGGAAAAGGCUCAAAUUUAGCGGGUGUUAUUAGAAGUAAUGUUCCUCGUGAUGUUAAGAAAAAUAGCAGAAAUAUGUCAUUGGGAGGCAAAGGAAACAUGAAAUCAAGUACAAGCCAGGGUGGCAAUACUGGUGCCAAAGUCAUUCCCAAAGAAACUCUUACUGAAGAUGAUUGGAAAGCACAAGAUCUGUAUAAGAAGUUCAGAGGAAUACUUAAUAAAUUGACCCCUUCUAAGUUUGACACUUUAUUAGAGAAAGUGAAAACUCUCAAUAUUGAUACACAAACACGUCUUGACCUUGUUUUUGAAAAGGCUAUAGAUGAACCUAAUUUCUCGGAAGCCUAUGCAGCAAUGUGUAACAAACUCUCAAUGCUCAAGGUACCUGCAGAUAAAGCAAGUGCUCCUAACCAAUAUGUAAAUUUUAGAGCACUUAUUACCAGCAAAUGUCAGAAUCAAUUUGUAACUAAGAAAGUAGAUGAGCAAGUUCUGAAAUUAGAGAAAGAAAAAGUAAUAAGUGAAUGUAAUGAUCCUAACAAAAAGAAGGAACUGCAAUUGAUGCUUGAGGAAGAAAAUAGGCGAGCCAGGAUGCGUUCAGUUGGGAAUGUCAGAUUCAUUGGUGAAUUAUAUAAAUUAAAAAUGCUUACAUCUAAAAUAAUGGUAUACUGUAUGAACCAUUUGAUAGAAGAUGUAUUAGAGGAAGAAAACCUUGAAUGUUUAUGCAUACUGCUUACUACAAUUAGGGAACAAGUCGAGAGUGAAGCAAAAACCCAAUUGGAUUCUGUAUUUGAGAAAAUGCAGAACAUAAUUUAUGACCGUAAAAGCAACAAAAUUAGUAGUCGUGUUAGAUUCAUGAUUCAGGAUGUAAUUGAAUUAAGGAAACGAAGAUGGGUUGUUAAGAGUGUAGUAGAUUCACAGCAGCAACGUCAAAUUGAGUUAUUUAACGCCAAUCCUAUGGGUGGUUUCCGAAAUCGUAAUGAAGGUGGACGUGGCAAACGUGGUGAAGGCAGAAGACAGAACUCUAAUUCCUUCCAAAUGGACAAUAGCAAUAAUUGGAUACUUACCAAACGUUAUACAAUAGAUACUUCCAAGUCAAAAGCUGUUAAUUUAACAAUUAAUAAAAAUUUAAGUACUGUUAAAUUGGCUCCUCCUGCAUGGAGCCCUGCAUUCAGUACUAAAACUGCAGCACAAAUUAGUAGUAACAGCAUGGUUGGUCUUACUAACAACAAGUAUAGUGUUUUAGAAAUGCAGCCAAACGAUUCUAGUCCCAUCAAAGGAAGCAAAGAUACAUCCCCAACCUAUCAGGCAAAAGGUGCUUCCAUUGAGAGGUCGACAUUUACUAGAAGUGAUUUCAGCAGCGGCAGCGGCAGCCGUCCAGGUUUAGUGGGUACAGCUCGAUCCAGCUCGGGUAGUCGCAGCGUAAGCGCUGCACCUCCUACCCCACCAGUCAUUGCUGAGAUUCCAGGCCCUGUUACAGCAGCUGUUCCACAGGAUCCACUGCCAGAAAACAAGAAGAAGUCUGUUCAUGCAAUGAUUAACCUCGCUCUUUUGAACCCUGUUGACGAUGAGUUGAUACAUGAAAUACAAAGAUUUGAUACAAGAAAUCAUGCUGCAGUUGUUACGGAAAUACUCAACAUGGCACUGGAGAAAUCCCAGAAAGAAAUAAACACUAUAGCGAAGUUACUCUUACAUUUGGUUUCAACAAAUACUAUCUUACCAGUUCAUUUUGAAUUGGGCAUAACAGAAACUUUAGAAUUUGCGCCUGAUUUGUAUAUUGAUAUACCCAUGUUAUAUGAAUAUUUAGGAGUGAUCAUUGCGCCGCAUAUUGAAAAGAGGCACAUCACACUACUUCAAGUGUUUAGGCUUUCUGAAAAUAUUAAAUCUGCGAAACAAGGACAUUUACUACUAAAAGCAAUAAUAAGAGAGUUAAGAGAUAGCAUGGGACCUACUUUUGCAAAAAGUAAAUGGCUGGAAUCCAAUCUUCAGUUUAAUCAAUGGAUGCAUGAUGACCAGGUAUGGCAUAACUAA